AUGCAGAAUUCCGGUGUGGAUCCUCCUUUGAUUAAAUGCGAUGUAACUCAAACAUGUGUGGAUACAACUGAUGUUUUUGUAACUGGUCAAAAAUUUGCUACAAGAGAAGAGGCGAUAAGUUGGAUUAAGGAGGUUGGAAUCAGGAAUAAAGUGACAGUUAUAAUGACUCGCUCAGAUACCAAAACAGGCAAGAGAGGAAGAAGUGAUAAAUUAGUAUUUGGUUGUGAUAGAGGUGGAAAAUACAAAAAAAUAGAUAGCGAAACCCAAAGUGCUAGUAAGAGAUGUGGUUGUCCUUUCAAAAUUAGGUCAACACCGUCGAACGAUGGUUCUGGAUGGAAGAUCGAUGUAAAAUGCGGAGUACACAACCACGGCUUACCUGAUAGAUUUGAAGGUCAUGCUUUCGUAAGUCGACUAAAUACAGAUGAUAAGCAACAUAUUGUUGAUUUGACAAAACGCCAUGUUCCACCAAGACACAUAUUAUUGUCAUUGCAAGAGCGCGACCCGGAAAAUGUCACUCGGAUCACGCAAAUAUACAAACAUAAGAGUAAGAUACAAAAAGACAUAAGGGGUCCCAGAACAGAAAUGCAACAGUUGCUCAAGAUGGUUGAAGAAUCGGGUUAUGUUUACUGGAGUAGGAAAAAGGAUGAGUCAGAAGUUGUGAGAGAUAUUUUUUGGGCUCAUCCAGAAUCAGUGAAGUUGCUGAAUAUGUUUCCUAUUGUAUUGAUUAUGGACUGCACAUACAAGACAAACAAGUACAGACAACCGUUGUUUGAAAUAGUUGGUAUGACAUCAACUAAAUUAACAUUUGAUGUUGCAUUUGCCUAUAUGGAAUCUGAGCAGACAGAGACUUUUUGUUGGGUAUUGGAUAAGUUGAAACAGUUGUUUAUCAAGCAGGAUGAUUGUCCUCAGGUAAUCUUGACUGAUAGAGAUCUUGCUUUAAUGAAAGCCAUUGAAACAAUAUUUCCAAAGACAACUAAUUUGCUUUGCCGAUUUCACAUCAACAAAAACGUGAAAUCAAAGUGUAAGGAACAUGUUGUGGAUGAUAUGCGAGAAAAUCUGGAGAAAAUGUGGUUUGAACUUACAAGGGCUAGUGAUGAGAUGGAGUACCAUCAAAGGUUGAAACAACUUGAGGAUGCAUGUGUUGACUCCAAAGGUUUUAUUGAUUAUGUGAAUGAAACAUGGUUGACACCUCACAGACAUCGAUUUGUCGAAGCAUGGAUCAAUCAAGUGUUACAUUUGGGCAACACCACAACAAAUAGGGUGGAGUCUGCGCAUUGGAAACUUAAGCAAAUGUUAGAGAAUAGCUUAGUAUCAAGAGCUGCAUUGAGGCAGAUUGCUGAAGAGUGGUUGAGGAUUGACAUGGUGGGUACCGAUACGCAAAAGUGCGGAUGUACUCAUAGAAAAGUAUAUGGGUUACCAUGUGCUUGUGAGUUAGGGAGAUAUACAUUGAGUGGUGAUGCGAUACCAAUUGAGGUUAUUCAUAUUCAUUGGAGGAAACUAAGUAUGGAAGGAAAUCAAGAUAUAGAUGCAAAUGAUGGAUCAGAAAUAGACAUGACAAAUGCAAUCGAUGAAAUUUGGAAAAGGUGGAAGUCACUAGAUGUUGUAGGAAAAAAAGCAUUAAAAAGCAGAGGGUGUGAGAUUGCUUAUCCGACUACAACAAAGAUGUGUCCACCGCCUGAAAAAAUUAAAACCAAAGGAGGGGUUAAGAAGAAAGGGAAGAGACCUGUGGGAUAUGAUGUUUAUCGUGAUCCUUCAGGAUAUGAGUAUGUUGAUCAAGCACAUUCGAGUUCUCAAAAAUCUUCAAAGAGACCAUUUAUUGAUGACAUUGUUGAUGUAAGAGAUGAUGGAAAUUGUGGGUUUAGAGCCAUUGCAUCUUUGCAUGGUUAUGGCACAGAUGGAUGGUCAAUGGUUCGUCGGGAUUUGGAGAAAGAAAUUAUAGGUCCUAGAAGUAAGUUGUAUGAGGAUGUAUUUGGUAAACUCCUUCCAACAGUGAGAUCAUCGUUGGUGAUAGAAACUUUAGGACAACAACCACCAAAUAAAUGGAUGACGUUACCUGAGUUGGGAUAUGUAAACAUGAAUGAAGGAUUCCCGUUGCCACCUGUCACAACUGAUUGGACAAAAUAUCGCACAAAAGAUGCAACUUCUUGGAUUAUAGGAUUUGCCGGGCGGUUACAACAUUGGCAACGGCUAAUGCCUAUACUACCAAAAUAUGUCAGCUUAGAUUGA